AGAGCGGCCACUGAGGAGGCUUCUGGCGCGCCUGGUGUGACAAUGGGUCGAUACUGUUGAGGAAGUAUGACAAAGCGUCGCUGGAGGGUUUCUUGAUCACACAGACUCCUACGAGCUGGUUGUUUGAGAUUGCGCGCACUUCUGUUUACUGAGCUAUGUGGUCAUCUACUAAUACGAUAUGAAGAAUGACUACAACUUCGGCGAUGUUGAUGCCCUUUCUGCACAACUCCUUCCGAUUGAAGAGCUAUCAUCUGCAGGUCUUAUUUCGGCAUCAGGCAACAGGAUCGGUGGCACGUCGAUGUAUUAGUGUACAAGAUGCAAAAGGGGGGGAGAGACUAACCCGGAGUGAGUAACUGCUGGUUGAAGAAGUAGAAGAACGAGUGAGCCGUAACGGGAAGGUAAGACAAAGAGGCCGUCUGAUUGGAUAACGAGUAUAUGGUGAGUUUAUAGUCUUGAAACAAGAAGCAUUCUGUGGUUGAUACCCAGACAUCAUUCUUCCUUGCCACUAUCCAACUACGCACGUCAACGUUAUCUCUCACGACUAACUUGAUUACUCGACUUCAUCUCAACUAUUGUUUGAUCUACUUCAACAAAAUGUCACCCACGCACGAUCCGGUUUCAUCCGGUCCACGCGAUAUCCGAUUGUGAAAUAAUUGCGAAACGAUGUCAUUGCGAAUCGCGACGGCUGUGUGGAUUUUCACGACUAUCAGACACGAUAAAAGUACUCGGAGCGCCGCUCUAACAACCACAACCCGUCAAGAUGGCGAAGAUGAUGAAGAUGUCCGGUACUACAUGUCACUUCUUUUUGUGGUUGAUAGGGACUCGGGAUUGAGUAUAGGGACCCCUUUUGUUGAUGCCACAGAAAAUGACACUAGGAUUCUCAUAACAUGAACGACUAGGACCAGGUCUUGUAUGACGCACCUCAAAGCCAACCUCAGCUUUCAAUCAAACUCACACACAGCCAUGAAGAUGGCCAUGAAGAGUGGCAUGAAAAAGAAGAUGAACGAGUACUUCACCAAGAUGCAGGCUGCCCGCAAGGCCAACGCCAAGAGCUUCGAGUACAAAGGCAAGACCUACGUCCAGAUGAAGGCCAAGACCGGCAUGAUCAUGUACAAGGCCAAGUAAACGGUUGGAACCUUGAAGAUCAACGUCAUGUUGUGGAUCAACAUGUCGCCGGAGGGGAGGAUGUUUGGUUUGUCGGUUGUCACGGUUUGUCCGCUGUUGGCUCAGAGGUUCGAUAUCGAGUACAUUUCUACGGUGAUCUAGUUAGUGGAUUGCUGGCAGAAGGAUCCGCUGAUUCUCUGAGGAUACGCAGAAGGCUUGCGUCUGUUAUCGCGUCCGGUGACGAUCGAGGUGCAGAUUGUCUGAGGACACGAGGGAGAUUCGCUCCUGUUUGCGUGUACAUUGCAGACUUUCUGAGGACACGAAGAUGGGUUUCUCAGCUUCGCCAGUCCGUCGACGAUCAAUGCAGUAGUCCACUAGCAUUACUUCUGGGGUUGGAUGAAGAUAGUCGUAGAGGUGUGCAGAUAUCGGUCUCUCGCCAACAUGACGAAAGGGCUGGACACAUGAGACGCAGUUUUCACUGUCCAGUGAUUCACAGACUCUCUUGUGGUGUAAUUCUACAGAGUGGGUUUGUCGAAAAAAGUAAGAGACUCCGGGAGGAGUGGUGAACGCAAGUAGAGAAGUGUUCCACUAUGUGAGUCCCUUUUUUUCCAAGGACAAACGAGCGAGAGAUGUCACAGCUGCAUGAAUGAGAAGAAUCUGAUGACCGGGAACGAGAGAUUUUUUGCUAUGUUGUUGCAGUGCAUUUUCACACAUCUUCCAUUAUGGCGCAACCUUCUAUUGAUGCUAUGGUUCAUCUCUUUCAUCUUUUAGUACAAGUUUCUUUCUCCUUUUGUCUAGUUUUCGAUCAACAUUUUAUUUUGCUUAUAGAACUUCCUCUUCCAUAGGUUAGUUGUUAUUAUGAUCGGGAAGUCAAAGUCCUUGUUUCUUUGAGCAGUUUCAACUACCAUCUUGUUCAUUCGUCAUCACCCUCUCCCAAUCAAACCAACACGUAGGGAAAUCAUAAAACUUUGUAGUCUUUUCGACUUCACACAACACUCCUCAAGAUGGCCAAGAUGAUGAUGAAGAAGGCUGCCGCCGCUCCGGCCCCGGCUAUGAAGUCCAUGAAGAAGAUGUCCAUGAAGAUGAUGAAGAAGAAGUAAAUCUUCUAACAUCCUUCAAACUUCAAUGAGGAUGAAAGCCUAAAUGGCUAAGGAAAGUCUCGCGAGUCGUGGGAUCUUCUACGCUCGCUUGAGACAGAAAUGUAGAAAAUGUGAGAAGACGUAGGGCCUCUACGCUCUUGGCAUUACUACGAAGAAAA